GUGAUCAGGUGUCUUUCGGCGAAUCAUAGCCCAGCUUUCCAAACAGUGUGUGACUCACAGCCGGCACAGUUUGAAGUAGUUCGUGCAUGCGUCGUCAGAUCGUAUUGCUCACGCAUGUGUUGACUCUGGAUCAGGUUUAACAUUCUACGAGUCGUAUGUGUGUCAGUAAAAAGCUUAGCACGUAACCAGGUAUAGGUGGAGAUUUAUUCAAAAUCCGCGUUACCACUUUGUAUUCGGUGUCUCAGUUGUUUAAACAGAUCACGUUAUAAGUUGGUAUAGUUCAAGUAGAGUUUAAUCAGAAAAUUAAGAAUCGCGAUGACUCCUGCAGUAACUGCGUAUGAUGGUAGUUUGCAUGUGCGAUCCAAACGUACCCAGGGCCUCGGUAGCACAAGUAAAAAACGAAGGUCGGUGAGUUGUCAAAUCGUUUAAGAGAGAUUCUAAAGUUCAACAACAAUCAACAUAUAUGUUUUUAUCUUUUGGCAAACGUUGGUUGCUAUAAACCUGUUUUUAUGAACUAGGUCAUUUUUUUUUAAAAAGAAGGAAAUUUCUGAAGAUUUGUUCGGAUACAAUGCACGUCAGAAAUAUAGAAGUCGUGAGCAGAAAGAGUUCAAGUAUAGGUAAAAAGCCUCAGCAAUGAAUUGCUGACAUUGUAUUGCACGUUCAUUGGUCUCAGGUCUUGUUGCCAUGUGUACUUGUGCUUCCGACCUGUUGUUUAUUCCUUGGUUUGAAGGUCAUCGGAUGCUGAGUGACCAGUGCUGCACAUGUAGACCACCUUCUCCGGACUUUAUCAGUGAAUUCCAUGACAUCACACCCAUCCCACGUGCUCGUCUGCGCUGGCCCUCUAAAGAUUCGAAAAAUAUUGGGGACCAGCUGUUUGUUGACCACUCCAGAGUCAGGCUGGACGGUGGCCGACAAACCUUUCGACGUCUCUGGGGGAACGAUAUGUCUCCCCCACCUCCUCUGGUGGAAGAAGACGAAGACAGCGACCUUUCGGAGACGACAUCUCUUCGUGAUGAAAUAUUGCUUCGGUUUUCACCGCUUGGUAAGCCGUUUCCACAACUCCUAUCAAACCGAGAAGGCUGCAGCCUUUCGAUUGGGUGGAGAGAAUCGUCGUAUGAAAAAGCCUGCUCAGACCGUAGAGGCAGCGCCCCCUCUACUCCUGUUCUUGGGUCGCGGAACAUGGAUACAUUAACUCAGUCCCGUUUUGCGAAUUUCUUCUCCAAGAAAUCGUUCAAAAACAACCCUUUGAAAAGAACCAAAAGUGUUACAAAGUUGGAAAGAAAGCGAUGCACCAUAUAUGGUGACAGUAUACCCCCUUCACGGCUUCGAACGUCCCGUUCCCAUGAGUCUUUGUUGCAAUCUAGUCCAAAUGUGCUGGCAACAUUGAAUCUCUCUCGUGGUGAUGUUCAGGUAAUGCCAUUACAUGGUAGUCUCUUAGGUCAGGACCACUGUUUUCAACUGAUCUCUAGUGGACGUACCAGAUACUACUCAUGUCGCACCUCGGAAGAAAGAAAUAAGUGGGUAAACAGCUUACGGCAUUCUAUUCACCCCCAACAAGACACAGUUAAGCGAAAAGAAAACUCUCUAAAGAUUUGGAUUCUUGAAGCCAAAGGAAUCGCAUCAAAGAAAAGGUACUUCUGCGAGUUAUGUUUAGACAAAACUUUAUAUGCAAGGACAACCUCCAGACAUAAAGCUGAAAUUUGCUUCUGGGGAGAACAUUUUGAAUUCAACAAUUUGCCUCAGAUAGGCAUCAUCACAGUCAACCUGUACAGAGAAGCUGACAAGAAGAAAAGACGAGAUAAAAAUGUGUUAUUAGGUACAAUUCAAAUUCCUGUAAGUAGUGUAAAUAGCAAGCACAUGGUAGAAAAAUGGUAUCAAGUUAUUGCAGAAAAGAAUGUAGGUAACAAGGAUGUCCCUUCAGUGAGGGUUAAGGCCCGAUUUCAAACAAUAGACAUUUUACCACUAUCUAUGUAUAAAGAGUUUUUACAGUACCUGAAACAGGAGUACAGGAGUGUUUGUGAAAUGUUAGAACCUGUUAUUAGUGUCCGUGUAAAGGAAGAGAUAGCUACAACACUGGUCAACAUCAUGCAGAAGGAAAAUAUGGCCAAAAAUUUCCUCGCCGAUGUGGUGAUGGAUGAUAUUGGAAAAAUUGAUGACCAACGUUUGACUUUCCGAGGUAAUUCUCUCGCCACAAAGGCUACAGAAGCCUACAUGAAACUCUUGGGGGAAAAGUAUCUCCAAGACACACUGCAAGAGUUUGUUCGCAUAGUUUUAGAAAGCUCAGACGACUGUGAGGUGGAUCCAAGUAAAGUCUCAAACAAUGCAGUUCUUCAGCAGCAUCAGUCCAACCUUCUAACAUAUGUGGAAAUGGUGUGGAUUAAGAUUAUUACCUCUGUUCAAUACAUGCCAUAUGAUCUCAGAGAAGUGUUUGCCGAGUAUCGAGAAAGGCUUGCAGCUAUGGGAAAAGAAGAUGUCAGCGAUAAUCUGAUCAGUGCUUCAGUCUUUCUGAGGUUCCUGUGUCCAGCAAUACUGUCACCAAGUCUUUUCAACCUGACUCAAGAAUACCCACAGGACAAGGCAGCCCGAAAUUUAACCCUCAUCACCAAAACCAUUCAAACACUAGCAAACUUUACUAAAUUUGGUGGCAAGGAAAGCUUUAUGGAAUUUAUGAAUGAGUUUGUAGAAAAGGAAUGGAGCACCAUGAAAACAUUCCUCUGGCAAAUUUCGAGUCCUCCAACUAAGGACUGCCAGCCUCGAGUAGAGUUUGACGGCUACAUUGGUCUAGGAAGAGAGUUGUCUGUUCUUCAUUCCCUACUUAAAGACUGUAUUUCUAAGAUCAACAGAAAGCUAUACUAUGAGCAAGUAGAAGCCCUAGAACAGGUUUUAAAUGGAAUAUGUGCUGCUGCUAGCCAGCCAUCCUACUUUCGACAGAUGAGUGCUCCUCCAUUAAAUAAUUUCACUCGAAAUCAGGUGCAUAUAAUUUCACAGGAAGCUGAGAGAUCAAACAACCAAACUCUGCAGUUCACCAAAGUUAACAGCAAGAAUUGUGUAGAACUAUCUGGUCAGAUAAAUGGCACUGUAUCAACAACAUUACAGCAGUUGGUCAGGAGAGAAACCUCUUCACCAGAUUCUCUUCAUAGAUCUUCCACUUUACCAAGGAAUACGAUUCUCACCGGAACCACUAAGAAGUCAGCACAGGAUGUUCUUACAGCUGAUGGUCAUAGUUUAGUAAAUGCUGGCCAGGUUCAGCUGUCUUCAACAUUGGAGAAAACUGCACCAGGGAAUAUUAGAAUACAUUCCAACACUUGCAACAGCUUAAACAGUGUGCUCCCAUGUAGGGUCACACAGUCUGUUUAUAAUGAACCACCAGAAAAUGAAAUGAUGCAAGUAAGCUCUGUUGGUGUUCAAUCUGUCAAAAAUAUCAGUAUUAAGCAGGAUCCUGCAUGCGUGCUGGAUGUAAAAAAGGACACUGGUAGAUCAAUAGUAACCAGAGAAAAGAAGCAUGAUGAUAUGAUGCUGCUGCCUCCAGAUGAUGACCUUUCCAAUGCUUCAAGUGAAUUGGAUAAUCAAAACAUUAAAGGGAGCCAGAUGUCAAUUAACCAGUUUUCUACAGUGACUUCAUCUGGAUAUCAGUCCAUCACUUAUAGCCAUUCUAGUUCAUCUACUGAUCUGAUUCACCAAGAUAAUCUUGCCUACCAACAUGUAGCACCACCUCUAGCCUUCAAAAAUCCCAUGUAUCACUUCUCAGAAAGUGACAGUUUGCCACUUGAGACUACUAAGCAUAACCAACCAAUCAAAAUUUUGGAUUCUGUGAGCAGUCCCAUAAGUAAUAGCCAGAGUGAUGAAGAUCUGUUUAUUGUUGGCACACCUUGUGUAGGUUCAAGUUCUCCAAGAGAUUGCAGUAAUCCUUUAUCGACUUCACCAAACACUAUUCCUCAAUACCUUGGGUCACAACAAGUGGACUCUUCUAGAUCAGCUUUACGUCAUUGUUAUACAUGUCCAAGAGAGGCUAAGUCUUACAGAGCAAAGUUAAACCGGGGGAUCUCUGUGGACAUCACCAGUACAAGUGAGAGAAAAGUAAAAAACUUGUAUAAAAGUGAUUCACAAGAACCAGCCCCUGAGCUUCUACCAAUGUUGUCUACUAAACAGUCGCAUCCUGGAGAAAAGACACCUCAUAGAAGAAACAAUAAAGUUAAGAAAACAGUUGAAGAGUAUGAGCAGGAGAUACAAGCAUUAAAAGGACUAAUGACAGAACUACAUAGCAAAUUAAACCAAACAGAAAAGAAACUGUCACAGCAAGAGAACAAUACAGAACAGUUUAUGGCUGACUGUCAAGCAAAACUAGAAGCUGGUGAGGUACGUCUGAAGAAACAACAAGAAGAAAAAGAUCAACAAAUGAAAAAUAUUAUUACUAGAUUGAUUACAGUUGAAGAGGAAUUGCGACGAGAACAGCACGAGAUGCAAGGAAUGAUUGUGGUUAAGGAGAAGGUGAUUGAAGAACAAGAAAGAAAAAUUCAUUCCCUUGAUACAGCCAAUAUUCGGCUGAUGACUACUUUGAGCCAGCUGAAAGACCGAUAUAAGCAUGAUGUACAAAAUGGGAUUUCUAACUCUCCAUUAAAAAUGACACUAAUAAUACCUACUAUUGACUUCGAACUGUGGCAGUUGGCUCUAGGUUCUCGAUUUUUGCCUUUGUUUACAGGAUACCUCUUAAUAGACUCCGAACUGUGGCAGUUGGCUCUAGGUUCUCGAUUUUUGCCUUUGUUUACAGGAUACCUCUUAAUAGACUCCGAACUGUGGCAGUUGGCUCUAGGUUCUCGAUUUUUGCCUUUGUUUACAGGAUACCUCUUAAUAGACUCCGAACUGUGGUAG